GAAAUAAUCAAGUAUAAAAACUGGUGCAACUCGUACACAAUCAUAGUCAAUCUUGGACAAUCAUACCAGUAACAAUGGCAGCUAAGUUCUUCGUCGUUCUUGCCCUGGCCGCAGUUGCCUCUGCCCUUCCAGUGGUUCCCCUCACCAAGGUGGCCUACGCUGAAGCAGAGGCUCCAGCCCACUACGAGUACCAAUACUCUGUCCACGAUGAGCACAGCGGUGACAUUAAACAGCAACAGGAAGCUCGUGAGGGAGACGCUGUCCACGGCUCUUACUCUCUUGUUCAGCCCGAUGGUGUCCACCGCAUUGUGGAGUACACCUCUGACCACCAGAAUGGCUUCAACGCCAUCGUCCGUUACGAAGGUACCCCAAUCCCAGCCCCAGCACCCGCUAAAGUAGCUUACGCCGCUGCCCCCGUUGCCAAGUUGGCCUACGCUGCUGCCCCCGUCGCUAAGGUCGCCUACGCCGCUGCCCCCGUGUCUCACUACGCCGCUGCCCCCGUAGCACACUACGCCGCUGCCCCCGUGGCACACUACGCCGCUGCCCCCGUGGCUCACUACGCCGCUGCCCCCGUUGCCCAAUACGCCGCUGCCCCCGUGGCUCACUACGCCGCACCCGCCAAGGUUGCCUACAGCGCCGCUCCAGCACUCACUCAAGUGACCUUCUCUUCCCCCGCUAUCUCUUACCACCACUAAGUACUGAUGUGAUUUAUUUAUAAAGUUGUUCUGUUUAUUAAUAUGACUAGUUGUAAAUAAAUUAUUAAAUUGUUGAUUUUAUCGUA